AAUCGAAUGGAGGAAAGCAUGGCUUUGUUCAAGACAAUCAUAACCUACAAAUGGUUUGAAAAGUCCUCAAUCAUCUUGUUCCUCAACAAGUUAGAUUUGCUGGAGGAAAAAAUCAUGCACUCGCAUUUGGUGGACUACUUCCCUGAAUAUGAUGGUCCCCAGCAGGACGUCCAAGCGGGCAAAAUGUUCAUCUUGGACAUGUUUGAAAGCCUCAAUCCAAAUGAGGACAAAAUCAUCUACUCCCACUUUACGUGUGCUACAGACACAGACAACAUUCGAUUUGUCUUCUGCGCGGUGAAGCACCACAUCUUGCAGAUCAACCUGGAAGCCCAGAACUUGGUUUAGACGUUGGUGAUUGCUGCCGUGAUCUAAUCGUCUCUGUGCAUCUGGCAGUGGGAGGGCUCUGCUAGCUGCUGCUCAGCAGUAUAAUCCAAAACAGGAAAUUGAGAAGCUUCGGAGCUUGUCAUCAAAUGACUGUACUACUGAAGCAUUUCAAAUUUUCUUGUUAGAGUCUGUAAAUGGAUGUCUCCAGCUAUUAUGAAGUGUGACCUGCCAAUUAAAGUGCUGCCUUUUGGAGGAGUCUAAUAUAGCACGCACUCUGAAAUUUAUGGAGCGCUUCGUGGGCGUUUUUUCUUUUCUGAACAGCGUUAAUGCACACUGCUGGAUUAAUAGGAGGGGAAGUAUUGAAGUGGCCUCAAAUGCCUCUGAGGUAUUGAGAUGUACUAGAUCUCUUUUUCUGGUCUGAAAACCGUGGAACUGAAUGUAGACUGAAAUGCACUGCAACAUCUCGCACCACUAACCCAACUUGGUCAGUUCUUUUCCUUUUUUUUCCUUAAGCUAUAAAGUUGUUUAAAAAUUAUUACUUUGUAUCUCAGCUGAAAAAGACCUAGUUAUAUUCAACACUAAAGACAUGUUUUAAAAAAAUAAACAUGGCACAAAAAGUACAAAAAAAUGUAUGGUUAAUUGAUUCUUUGUGCUUCUUGGAAAUAAAUCUUAUACGAGGAUUAUUUAACUAAAUUGCACAGGGGCCACAUUACUCAAAGCCAACAACUCAGGGGCCAAAAAUUGUGUG